ACGAAAUGCUUUUAUUUUGAAAAUACAUUUCCGGUAACAGUCACGUUAAGUGAGGCAAACCUAACAAUCCGACCGUCUCUCAGCACCAUCCAAACAUUAGCUUGCUAAAUAGCUUCCAGCUACCCAAACUGAAGAAAACCGAGCGCUCCAUCCAAAUAAUCUAUGAGUCGCAAACGAAACCACAGUUUCACUGAAGCGAGCCUGUCUCCUGAAGCCCACGGCGUCUUCAUGGAGCCUCCCGGGUCAGUAAGUGCAGCUGACGGUGAUUUCGUGGAGCUGGAACCCGACGAAGAGCUUCUCUGCUCGGUUAGCGACAUCACUGAGCACCUCGGGAGAAACAUCACCGUAGUGCUGGAGACUGCGUUGUCCGAGAUCCGUAAAAUGGUCAGCAUCCGGAUAAGAGUAUUGAAAAUGGAACUUCGCGAGAAAAGCGAAGAAAUCGAAAUGUUAAAAGCACAACUGGAUACAGUUCAGCGGGAUGGUAGGGACGCAUUUCCUGGCGUGGCGAGCGUAGAGCCGCCUGCAGAGGCUGGCUUCAAGAAACAUGACUUCAGCUCUGGAGCCAAGCACAACAAUAUCGACCCACGGAGAGCCAAAGCGCUCAUGUCUGGUGUGAAGAAGGAAAAUAUAGACGCCAUUUGUCACUAUCUGAUGAAAGACAAGAACUCGAGAGGAUGUGCUGAAAUGGACGGAGACCAGAGCGACCAGGCCGGUGACAGGGAGGUGCGCCAAGGGCCAGACCCGCAUUCCCUCAACUUGUGGUCGGACAGCGGGAUGGCCGGGACCGUGUCUAUGCACGUAGAUUCCGAGUCCACCACAGAUGACAUCUUCAGCAUGCUCCCUUCCGGUAGCAAGCGAAUGUAUGAAUAUGAAUGGAUGGCACCAAUGGAAUACACUUCAGACCUGAAAGUUAUAAAGGAGCCUGAUCAUGAGAACGCCUGCACCACUGAGACAGAGAAUGAUGGGAAUGAAGAUGACUCGACCACGAGGGAGGGGUCGAUACCUGAGCAAGCACAGACUCCACUGUCACGUGCCCAGCCUUGCGACUUCUCUAUGGAGCCUCAGAGCUCUCCAGGGGAGGAAGGGAAUCCUUUGGAGGACUGCACAGACAGGCCUGAGGCAGACCAGCAGUUAUCCAGUCACACCUACAUCUGCUCAAUGUGUGGAACCUUCUGCCCUGACUCUUUCUUUCUGGAGGAGCACAUAAAACUAAUACACUCAGACUCUGCUGGAGCCCUGGCUCUCCAGGCACUCCAGUCCACGUCCUCCACUACACCCUCCAUGGGAGAUAGCAGUGGUGAUUCCAGGAGGGCUGGUGGGAGCCAAAAUGAGGGAAGCACACAAUUUGGGUCUGUUGCAAGCAUCAGUCAAGGAGGGGGUCCUAUAAAAAAGGAGAUAAAAAUUGAGGGGGGGUAUGAAUGUGGGGACUGUGGCCGCCGCUUCAACUACCUCGGCAACCUGCGGCAGCACCAGCGCAUCCAUACUGGAGAAAAACCCUUUGUGUGUCCAGAGUGCGGGGAGAGAUUUCGCCAUGCAGCCCGCUUAAAAAGCCACAGGCUAAUUCACAGCGGUGCCCAGAGCCCGUUUCCUUGCCCUCAGUGUGGGAAAGGUUUCUCUGUGCUGUCAGGACUCAAGAGACACCAACGGGUGCACACUGGUGAGAGUCCAUACGCAUGUCCUCAGUGCGGACGGCGCUUUAAAGAACUGGGAAACUUGUACACCCACCAGAGGAUUCACAGCGGGGCCACACCCUACCGCUGUCAGCAGUGUGGGCGCAGCUUCCGACAUCUGGGCACCUACAAGAGUCACCGCUGCACCCCGGGACAGUAAUCGGCCUCUGCUUCUGCUCUCCACACUCCUAAUACUAUGAAGUCUAAAAUGUAGAUCAAAGAUAGAUUGUGAUCCAGAGUUUGACUCAUAAGUCGUAAUUUCAGUGCUCUCUGAUGACACCGUGAGGACGCUGGACAUGUGAAGACUCGGUUUUAUGAGAUGAUGCCCCAAUGUUCAUGUUCUGUUAUAUUCAUGAUGGAGAUGUGCUUAAUGAGCCUCAGUGUCUUGAAUAAACUGACCUCAAGGCAAA